AAUGUCAAUGAAAGAUGUUUAUUAUAUUUAGUGAUUAACAAAAUUACAUACACCAUAACCAUGAAUAGUUUAUAAGAAUAUUAAGUAAUAUUGGAAAACAAUGAAAGAAAAGAUGAAGAGAGAGAAUCUCCUCCAUCUCUCUAAAAAACAAGCAAACUCUUGAACUCGUUUACAGAGUUCCGGCGCCCCGAAUGCCGCCGGAAUUACCAACCCCUACUCAAUGAAAACCAGUGCUACACGCGAGGGCACUCUCCUCGUUUCAGUGAAAGGAACAGGGACAUUCACUACCACCAUUAUACACACCCUCAAUCCAGACUCUUCAAAAACAAUUGCAGGAAUAAGUUCUCUGCAUCUCAUCUCAGGUAAAGAGUACGAGCCAAACGAAGACUCUUAUCCCACAUGGGCUGACCUCUUUAAAUCCAAUGACAGAUAUGACCCGGUUGCUCCUCUCUCAGCCACAACUCCCGCAAGUCCCAAAGCUCUUUCAAUUAUAAAAUUCUCAGCCACCAACCCCAUUAUUAAUCAGGAUUUGGAUUUUUGCUCCCAAGAUAAACAAUUAAUCACAUUAGAGAAAGGACCUCCUUGGACACGGCAGAGAGUAUUCAUACUGAAUCAGAUUCUUUGACUAAGGAAUCAGAAAACUUCUAUUUCUUCGGAGAAGAAGGGAUUGACUCAAUCCGGAUUGACUCUAAGCUUUUCAAGUUCGCAACCAGAUACAACGAAGUGGUCAUCUUUGAAAUAAAAAAAUCUUUACUCCACAAGAUUAACUUCAAUUUGGAUCUUGUCCCUCCGAUUAUCCGAUUUAUCUCCCAAUUGACCAGUACUGACCACGCAAUUUUACGGCAGCAUAGGAAAUUCAGUCCAAUCAUGGUUUCCUCAAAAUAUAACAAAUCAUGCUGUUAUUUGGUCAUUGCUAAGGAAAGGGGAGCUCUAUCAUUAUUCCUAUGGGUCCAGAAAAGUCCAGUCUGUUAAAUUUUUUGGCAGUUUUAUCUAAUUUUGUUGGAAAACCUCAUUCAGUGCAGGAGGAAUCAAUGCAUUCGGAGCACCAGUCUUCACCCGACCCUGAUGAAAUGACUUCCAUUUCUACACUCAUAUUCAAUUUUGAAGUGCGAAGAGCCUAUGAAGAGAAACAACAGCCCCAUUCUUCAGAAAAACAACCCAUUAUACCUCUUUUACAGGCCUACUCAGAUGCCUCAGACAGCUAUGACCCACCAGCCGACUCUUACUUUUCAGACGACUUUCUGAGACACACAACAGAAUGCGACCGUCAUCCACCUAUUUCAGAACAAGAAGAAAUUAGGGACUCUCAAUUCAACAGAGCGAUUUGCCGUAAAUCUCUGCUCAUUACCUUAGAUAAAUGCCUACCAACUGACAAUUUGAACACCCAGCUAAAAAUUUAUUGGAAAUUCCAGAAGAAUAAAAGGCGUCAUAGCCUAAGAACGAGGUCUCAGACCAAACAAUUUCCAUGAGCCUAGUUAUUUUUUUCCCCUUCUGUUCUUUUGUAUUUUUCUUUUUUCUUCAUUGUUUUUUAUUCUCGCUCUGUACCCUUCAUUUUUAUCAAUAAAAUAUGUUUUUCUCAAAAAAGAAAAAAUUAAGUAAUUUUGAUUGGUGAUAGAUGCAUGCUUCAAGUUAUGUUAAACUUGAGAUUUUAAUGUGAAAAGCUGCUCUAGUAUAAAUUAUUAUUAAGCAUUAUUAAUGUUCAAAUUG